AUGAAACACGAGAUGAAACCGGUGGUAAAUAUAAGAGAUGUGCUAUUUACAAAAGGAUCAAUAGGAAACAGAAUAGUGCUGAGGAAUAUUCUGAUAGAAGUAGUGAAUCUAGAUACGUCUAUUUUCAUCAUGAAAGGCUCGCUAGAAAAAGAGGAGCAUCUUCUGUGCGCUGAGUAUAUUAACAGCUCGUUCAGCAAAGAAAUAGAAAAUAGAGAAACAGAAAGCAUAGAAACAGACAGGAACAGAAUGUACAUCUAUGAUAUGAACAGAGAUAGCAGUGAUAGGUAUGGCAGACUGUCUGAUUCUUUGCGCAGCAAAAUAGAGGGAUAUGCACACGGGCUGGUGAGUAUAAUACGAUACAUACAGCAGGAGACGAUGGAAGGCAAUGAAGUACAGCAGAAGAUGAUGGAAACUACAGAAAGCAUAGAGAGUAAAGAGAACGAUCUGCUGUUCUUCUGCAUUAUGGAGGUAUUUGAAGAGUUUGUGCUGGGUCUGCACACGGUGUACAGUGUGCAGUAUAUAAUGUACGUUCUUUCCAUUUCCAACGAAAUAAGAACCAGCAACUUCCUCUCUUUUCUGCUGUCUACCGUGCAGUCUAACGAUCAGCGCAGAAGAAUGACUGCUGUUUAUUUUGCGUCCUUUGUCUCCCGGGUUAAGUGUCUCUCAGCUGACUCCAUGGAGAUAGUUGGCGAAUAUGUAGAGUACUGUAGAAAUAGAAUAAACACAGUGGAUGACAGAUACAGCAGAGUGCUGCUAGGCUGCAUUAAGUACAUCUCAGAGAACAGCAGAAUAACGGUUGGCACAGAAGACAUUCUUGCAGAAGCACAGAUACUUCCUGAGGAGAUGAGCAACCACCCCUUUAGAAGGACAGGAAUAGAAGUGUUUGAUAGAUUUAUUGACGAGAUAGAUGAGAUAUAA